GGGUGCUGGUUCCUGGCAGCCAGGAGCUGGGCGCACACCGUGGCGCGCUCUGGGCGGUUCCGCGCGCUGUCGCCCCUGCGGCCGGCGCUGUCCCCCGCUCGGCUCGCGAAGGCACUGCACAGACACUCGCCUUCGGCCACCGGCUCCUGCUGCUGCUGCCGCCCAGAGGACAGACCAGCCUCUGCCCGCGAUUUCGCCUCGGCGGCGGUGCUGCGGAAAGCGGAGAGCGGGUGGGCGCGAGCUGCAGGAUGCGAUGUAGUUCUCUCCUUGCCUCGGAGUUGUCUGAGUUGGUAGAGCCUCGCCCGGGUUCCCUGAGCCCUGCUCCCUUCGGGCUCGCUGCUAACGGAGUUGCUAGCCAUCGCUGUGCCAGAAAGCUCAGGCUCGGAGCUCCUGCCCUGGGGUAGAGUAGAGCUGUCCCCAGCCGAGGCGCAUUGUCUUCUCUCUGCUGACCCAUCUGUUUUCUCAUGGCAUCUCGUCAACAAACCCGAAUCCAGGCUUACCUGGAGAAAAACAAGAUCGGUCCUCUGUUUGAGGAAUUAAUGACCAAGUUAAUAACUGAGACACCUGACCAGCCAAUUCCAUUUCUCAUUGACCAUCUUCAAUCUAAACAAGGAAACCAAGGACAACUGCAAAGAGCUUUGUCAGGGUCAGCAGCUCUCUGGGCAGAAAGUGAAUCAUCAGAACCCAAAGGAACGAGAAGGGAUUUUAGAAGCUAUGAUAAACCUUGGCAGAUGAAUGCAAAGAAGCCUAAAAAAUCAAAAAGUGAUCUGGCUGUAUCUAAUAUUUCUCCUCCAUCACCAGACUCCAAAUCAUUGCCAAGGUCAGUAGACCAUCUUAAGUGGAACUGGCGGACUAAACCACAAAGCCGUGAUUUUGAUGAAUUGAACCACAUCCUUCAAGAGAGCAAGAAGCUGGGGAAAGCCCUUGAGAAUCUCUCUCGAAGUAUCGCGAUUUCAGAUGAACUUGAUAAGGAAACAUUGGCUUUCAAUUCCUCUCUUCUGAGACCUCGUGUGAUUGGGGAGUGGAUCGGCAGGGCAGAAAAUGAUGCUGAUCCCCUUGCAGCUGAAAUGCUGCAGCCGCCGGUUCCGCGGAGUAAGAAUGACUCAUGGGAAAGUGAAGACAGCAGCUCCAGUCCAGCAGGAAGCUUAAAGAUGGAGCCCAAGACGAAAGGAUUAAAACAGCAGCAGCAGCAGCACAAGAAACUCCUGGCUGCAAUGCUUUCCCAGGACUCCUUCGAGUCCAUCCAUAGCCCCACACCAUCUGUAAUAGAAGAAGACAUUGAUAAUGAAGACGAUGCAAUGGAGUUGCUGGGUAAUUUUAAAAAUUAAUAACUUCUCUUUUUCGUCUUUUCUGGCAUUGUAAAAUGUGCAAUAAUUGGGGGAUUUUAAACCUUUAAAAUAGUCUUGUCUAGGGCAAAGGGAUCUCUUUAACAUACACUUUCUUUCCAUUAGAACUUUAUGAAGUUGCAUGUAAGAACUAACCUAUGGAAGCAUGUGAAACAUUCCCUAGACUGUACUAUGUGCUUUGCAUAUGCAGCGCUCUAUCCUCUGGCAUCAGUGAGCUUUAUUCUGUGUGCAAUUGUGAUAGGAUGCAAACCUGUCUGUUUUAUUUUCUUGACUACACCUAUUGUCUAUAAAAUACAUCCUCUUCCUAAGAAAGUUUUGUGGCUAUAAGGUUGCUUUAGAAGAAUAUCAUAGAGUUGAAAGAUGUUGGCAGUAGAUUAAUGUUGAAUGCCUUUCAAUAAUGAUAUGGAGUCUUACAGAUAUUUCAGUCUAGAGACUCAUUACCUUCACUCAACUUCAUUAACAUUGUAGAUACAGUUUUUCUUUUAAUAGUUUUUCAUAUUUUAAUUUUUAGUAAUUCAAGUAUGUGCUCCUGUUUCAGUAGAAAUAUUCUCAUAUAAAUUAUCUUUUUAUAAAUUAUUAAUUGAUACUCACUUUGGGAAAUUUUUUUUUCAGAACAGAUUUUCUCUGUGUAGUCCUAGAUGUCCUGGAACUCACUCUGUUGACCAGGCUGACCUUGAGCUCAGAGAUCCACCUGCCUCUACUUCCUAAGUGUUGGGAUUAAAGGUGUGGACCACCAUGCCUGGCUGGAAAAUCAUUUUUGUAAAAGGAUAUGAACUUUUCUUUGCAAGCAGUCCACAAGUAAAAUGUUUUUUUUUUUUAAUUGAGUGGUACUAGCUAUUCUAUAGAGAAUUAAAAUAAUUGGUAUAUGCUUUUAUAGCAACAUUCUAUUAUAUUUGAGCUGAAAAAAGAAUAAAUAAUAUAUUUAUAUGUAAAAUAUCAAUGCAUUGCAAAAGUACUUUAUUUAAAAUUCUAAAACAGAUUUCUUGGAAUUGAGUGUUGAUAGCAGUAAAUUAUGUUCUAUAUGAAUGAUAAGUCUCCAUGCAUAUACCUACAAAGGUGUUACUCAGUAGAUGAUGGCAGGGUUCCAGAUCUUUUCUAGUCGUCUAAUAGCUACCUAGAGUCAAGAUUUAAGGAGACCGAAUUAUCGCACUUUCGGUUAGAUACUAUUGGCACUUGUUUUCUUUUAAGCAAUUGAGUCUUAUUCCUCUAACUUCUAAUCGUAAAGUGACAGGGCUUCUGGAAACUCUGGCACCUUUAUCCAUCCUUCAUUCACUACCAAGGACUUUGAUAAGGUCAUAAAAUAAAAUCAUUUCUGUUACAGGCAUUUUCCAGUCAUGUUAAAAAUAUAAACUCAUCACUUCCGCCAUUUUCUUUACCUAUGCUAUUACAGUCAAAUAUAGUGGUGACUCCUCGUGCAGAAGAGGGGGCAGAGGUCACCACUGCAUACUUGUUUCAAGAAGCUGGUUCCUCUGCUUAGUCUUGCAGGACAAGGGGGUGUAAACCUGGGAGGUGGAGUGUGCCCAGACUUCUGGGGACUUGUUCACGUACAUAUGGGGUCUUUGGUAACUGUGUCUGUCAAUUGCUUCUCUGCUGGUCAGGGAUAGUGAAAGACAUGAUCGAGAGACUCUUAAGAGAUUCAUAUGUCUACUUUAUGCUGAUUGUCCUGAAACCUCGCCUGCUCUGUUCAAAGUUUCUAGCUUUCUAAGCUGAAUACCAGAGGGUUGGAUCUUGACAUCUACCUCGUGAUAAGCCAUUAGCGAUUGGCUCUCAUUAAUCCUUCUUCUCCUUUUAGAUAUUAAGCCUGCAUUCUAACCAGGCUUAACAAUAAAAAAUUGUAGAAGCUUUGGGCAUUCUCUGUGUAGUCUCACAUAUCUUUGCCCAGGUGGCUGAAAGAGACGCUGCUCUCUUAGCGAUGAGCAUUUCUUGUAAUGGCAUGCAAUGCUCAAGCACACAGCAGUAGCAUUAAAUAACUCCACAUGCAUUUUCCCUGGUUUUGAAAAUGAUUUCAGAGAAACAUGAGAUUGCAUUUAGCUGAAGAAAACACAAAUGCUAACUACUUGACAGUUUAUGCGAAAUCAAAAUUUAGUACAUAGAAUCAGUGUUGUGAUGUAACAGACAUUGUUUAAAAUAUUAUUUGGGAAUCUAUGACGCGUUGCUGAAUGAGCUUGCUGUAAUGUGUUCUUAAGGGUUUAAUUUUUUAUUAUCUAUGCCAUAAUAAAAUGAGCUGAAAAUGUGUCAUGCAUGGAAAAGUAAUCUGUAAAUGUGAAUUGAUACGUAAAAUAUAUGACUUUAUUUAAUAUUUAUAUAAAAAUGAAUUGCCCAUCAAUAUAAUUGGUUGACUUAAGCAGAAAAUCUUUUAGUGUAGAUAGUACAUAUAAAUAAACUUAGUCCUUCUGUCUUUAUUGAAAUGCAGUGUUGUUAAUACAUGUUGAUUAUAUAUUCACAGUUAUUCAAAUGUAUGUCUGUGGAUUUAUUUCAUAAACAUCCUAGGCAUGAGGAAAUAUAUUUAAGGAUCCAUUUCAUAUUAAAGUCUAUGACUAUUUUAAAUUCUAUUUAUAAAUUCCCACUUAUGAAAUAAUAUCAUCUAGCAAAUAAUGAAUUAUCUGUACGUGGAGAUUUAAAAACACACCAACAUAAGCCUCUAUGGGUUUUUUUUCCCUUACAGCACUGAUCAUUUAGAACAUCAGAAUAGCAAAAUAAACUGAAGAUUCUUCAUUAUAAAUGAUUCUUUAUAAAAAUUUUGAGGACUUUAAGACAUUCAACCACUGAGUAUUUCAAUAUUAUGUGUAAGAUUGCUUAAAACAUUAAUUCAUUCAGUGUAGUAUAAAAGCAAGUUAAUCUAAAUUAGUGCCCAUUAUAGAUAAAAUAUCCAAAUGGGGAUUACUUUAACAUAUAGUAAUUAAAACACUCAGAAGAUUAAUUUUUAAGGCAUUGAAAAGAGUUACCUCAAUUCAAGUCAUUUUUUUUCCACAAUAUAAGAUAUUCUAACAAAUCCCAUUAAUUAUUCUUCAGCUACUACCAAAAGUUAACCAAACCUUACGGAGAUGCACCAAAUCAAUCAAUACAGCCGCAGAGCUAAGACAUCCUGACACUGUGUGAGGUAUCUGUCACUUCUCACAAUAUCUCCCCUGGAACGGAAGCUCAGUAGAAGGUCCCAUCUUGUGUUAGCACCCAUGCUCUGAGUUAUAACUUCAGUUGGCUUCCAUGUUGUCAUCGCCUUUAUGAAAUAUGCAUAGACACAAUCACCCUGUAGUUCAAGGACUUGAAUAAGGACUUGCUGAACUCAUAAGAACACUGAUAGAAAGGAUAUAAGCAACACCUGAGAAGGCUCACUGAUCAUUGUUUACAGCCAGAGAUCAAGAAGUGGAAGUUUCUGAGUCAUCCACACUCACUAAUUUGUUUUGUGUUUGGAAUUCUAUGCAUGGUUUGUUCUCUUUAUUUGUUAUUUUUAUUUCUUUCCAAAGAUACCAGAAUUUUUGCUAAUAGUAAUGAAUACUCUGUGUGGAGUAUUCAUGAUUUUUAAAAUAAGUAUAAUACAAGAAGAUGUCACCAAAACCGUACAUACCACUUGAUAUCACCUGUACAGCAUGUGAUAAAUGCUUUGCUUUCCACAUAUAAAUAAACAAUUCCAACUCUAAAGCACAUUGAUCCGGGAGAAUAAAGUUAAUAGUUUGCGAAUAAUUCCUAAACAUGCAGACAAAUCCUUUGUAGUGCUGAUUGUACUUCAGGUGAAAAUUUCUUCACUCAGGAGACAACUGCUUCCAGGUAUUUCUGUGUCGGUUUACUUAAACUAUAUUGGUUAGUUACACAAAAGUGUGAAGUGAUUGACACCUACCAAUGGCAGCAUUUAGUGUGGUUUUCAUACACGCACUGUGGAUUUUCCCUGAGCAUAGUGGGAACUGUGGGCCACUGUGAUGCACUGUAGGUGACCUGGUCAAAGACCUGUGCUCCAAUUCUAAGAUCCAUAUCUCCCAUGCUACCUCUUUCUAGUUUUUUUCCCCACAUUUUUGCUGUUAAGGGAAUUGCUUUUUAAUCUUUUGCUAAUCUCUGAGCUUCAAGCAAUUAGUUCUAAAUUGCUAGAUGCACCAUGUGCCCUCUCUACUGCACAGGCAUGGUAUGAGGUAUUCUCAGAAAAUGACACAUUCCUCUUCCAUCACAGCUGACAGGAAUACUUGGGAAAAAGGACACAAAUUUAUGUAUAAAACUCUUCUCCCAACCAGUUAUGUUCUCUCACCAUGGCUGUGUUAUGCAAUUGGAGGCAUAAGAAAAUAUGUGCUUUCUUUAACUAUGGAGAAAAUCCUUUCAACAGUAAGAAACAGUGUUUCUCAGAGCAUCAAAAAAUACUUGGGGCUGGAGAGAUGGCUCAGAGGUUAAGAGCACUGACUGUUCUUUCGAAGAUCCUGAGUUCAAAUCCCAGCAACCACAUGGUGGUUUACAACCAUCCGUAAUGACAUCUGUCACCCUCUACUGUUGUGUCUGAAGAUAGUGUACUUACAUAUAAAUAAUAAAUAAAUCUUUAAAAAAACAAAAAACCUUAGAAAGCCAAGCUCUGAAACCCCAAGUGUAGCCACAGCCAAGCAUGCAAACAGCUUGCUGCCUGCCAGCUCACAGCACCUCAUCUUUCACGUGACUCAUGGAGAUUUAAGCAGGGGCAGUGACUUCUGUGACUGGUUAAAAAUGGGGAGGUGGAACACGCCUUUAAUCCCAGCACUUGGGAGGCAGAGGCAGGCAGAUUUCUGAGUUCGAGGCCAGCCUGGUCUACAAAAUGAGCUCCAGGACAGCCAGGACUACAAAGAGAAACCCUGUCUCGAAAAACAAAAAACAAAAAACAAACAACAACAACAACAACAAAACAAAAAAAAUGUGGAGGAGAUUGCUAGACUGUACGAUUUAUAAGAGAAGAAAGAAGUUAUUUUGUAUAUAUGCAGAGAUUCACACUAGCAGACACAGCUUGGGAAAGAAGAGAAAGGGGUGUUGGGUCAAAUUCAGUAAAGCUAAAACUGUAAUUCACGUUUACAUGUUUCUGCAAAGAUCAAUUACUAAACUUGUUAUUGAUAUGAUAUAGCAGGAUUAUUUGUUCAGCCUUGUACUUAUUUUUAUGUAUUUUGAAUAUGAACUUUUGCUUUAUAUAAGACUAAUUUGAAAUUCACACUGAAUCACAACUUUGUUAUAUUUUUCUUGGUUGAUACAAAUGAAUUGUAAUUAAUUUAGCAAUUGUUUGCAGAUUAAUGUCAAAAUCAAUAGCAUAUUAAAGACAUGUUGCAAUUCCUCUGAUUCCUUUACAUCUUGUUUUAUAGCUAAAACUAUGUUUAGAUAUUUCUAUAUCAUGAUAUACUUAGUCACAUGUUUAAUUAUUUUCAAAGAAACACUUAAGUGAAACAGAAUGCUAAGAAGAAUGUUCACAAAACUUGACAACUAUUUCCCCAAACUGUUGGUUUUGUAAAAUAAAACUUUGUUUUAAAAAAUUAA